AUGUUGCAAGUAGUCUUCGAUUGUGCUGUCGAGCCUUAUGGUCUUCUCGGGUUAGUUCCUAUACUGGAGGGUGCUGGAGGUAUCAUAUCGGAUUGGCAAGGGAAUCAACUUUCUUGGCAACCUUCUCCGGGUCUUCAGUUCCGCGAAAUGGUUUCAAGAUGGAGAAAUCCAAAAUGCAAUGGUGUUCUUCCUCCAGGUUCCAUGGGAUUCCCUCUCAUUGGGGAAACUCUUCAAUUGAUCCUUCCAAGUCACUCAUUAGACCUUCCUCCAUUCUUGAAAAAUAGAAUUAAAAGAUAUGGACAGAUGUUUAAGACAAAUGUAGCAGGGAGGCCAGUGAUUAUAAGUGCAGAUCCUGAAUUCAACAAUUUCAUUCUUAAACAAGAUGGAAAAUUGGUGGAGACAUGGUCAUUGGACACUUUUGCUGAAGUAUUUGAACAAAAUACUCAUUCUUCAAGAAAAUAUACAAGGCAUUUGACUCUUAAUCAUUUUGGUGUGGAGGCACUUAAGGAUAAGUUACUUCCUCAAAUGGAAAAUUUUAUUAAGUUGACUCUUGAAAAGUGGUCAGGCCAGGAUUCUCUUGAAGUAAAAAGUGCAGCAAUUAAAUUUCUGAUUGACAGGACUUUCCUAGUGUUUUCUGGUUAA